UUAUUUUUAGAGCUGCACUGUAGAGAAUGUAGCAUUCAUCAGGUAACUGUCAAACGGACCAAUCACCCGUUGUGCUCUCAGUGGCUCGCGCUGCGGACAUCAUGAUCUCACGAAGAAUCCAGUUUCAAUGUUGUAUUUACAUAGCUAUGAUACUCCACAAAAAUGACGUAUACGCAGAAGAAACUAAAACCUACAGAAUAACAGACAAGGUUUUUACAUGCAGUGGAUGGCUUUCAUUGUUGAUAAACAAAGUUUGCGAUAACGUUUACAAAAUUGUGAAGAGAGACACAUCACUUUUAAUGGAAAAAUUAACUCCAAAAAGUGUACAAGAACAAAAAACAAAGCAGCGGAAGCUUGCCAAAGAGCGAUGGCGGCGCGUGCGCAGACAAGUUGCGAGCGAAUGCUGCGAUAGACCCUGUACCGUGGGAAACAUCAUCAUGUACUGUCCAGAAGACGCCAAGUUACUGAGAGAGAACCCGGAUUUGUUCGAUGACUAGUUACCUGAAUGAACUAAUAGAGUAUUAUUAUUUAUAGAAAAUAAA